CAUGGAUUGUGCACGCAAAGUUCAUGCAACGUGCAUGCAACGCGCAUGCAACGUGCAUGCAACGCGUAUGCAACAUGCAAGCAUGACCAGGCGAGGGGUGCAGACGCUCCCUCUGAUACGACGCCUUGUUUUGAUUGAUGGAUGAAGGAGCCGAUUUGACUUUGAGGCGCUGUGCUCAGGGAGGCUGAGAGACCUCUGAUAAGGAGUCAGUGUGGAACGUUAUUUAGGUUUGAUGACUGGAGUAAAGUAUGUUUGAAAGUGAGUGUGUGUAUGUGUGUGUGUGUGUGUGUGUGUGUCUGUUUGUGUGUAUGUGUGUGCUGAUGGGUAAAUAUGUGCAAGGUUGUGUGUAAUAGAGAAUGUGCGUGUGUGUGUGUGUCUGUGUGUGUGUAUUUGUGUGUGUGUAUGUUUGUGUGUGUGCGUUUUGUGUGUUCCCAAAGUUCUUCACCUCCAGACCCAAAAGACAAAUCAUCAUUUAAAAACUACUGAUUAAAAAACACCACAAACCAUUAAUUUAAAUUGUAUAGGUAAUGCAGUGUAAUAUAAUGUUUUUCGCCAGCGCAUUGCGAACUUGCGCUAUGAACUUGAGAGAUGACGACAUAGAAGCAGCAAGGCAGUACACACCCUAUGACAGCUGGACGCCGGCGAGUUCAAGUAUAAAAAGUACACAGAACAACGGAAACAGAAAUCACAGCAAUAUUACAAUUUGCUGAUUCUAUUGAAAAGUUGCCACCACCUCAUAAAAUAUGUACGUAACAUUAUUUAACACUUUUAAAUAGACAAAUAUGGUGUACUGGCCUUUCUAUUUCUCACCCCUUUCUCUUCUCCAUUGCUCACCCCAUCCCUUCGUCUCUCUGCGUUAAACCCCAGCAACAAGCAGCAUUAUGAUUCAUGUUUACUGACAUCAAAACUGAAAGUCUGAGAGUCAUCCCAACAGCAGUUUGAAGCACCUUUUUUUUUUUUCAGGAUAUUAAACAGAUUUUCACGCUCUAAAACAGCAAUGUGAUGCCGGUAACUGUAGACGUGAGCCCAGUAUGAAUGCUGUGUGUCUAGCGCUGUAUACCUGCCCAGGAGAAGGACGUGAGUCCGGGCGGGCACUGUGUAGGCAUGGGGCGUGGUUUUAAUAACAUGUCAGGUGUCCGCCCAGAUUGUGCCCAAAUGGCCCAAUCUGGCCAUUUGUAGUUAAUCCGUAAGGCGUGCAAUCCGAUCAGAAUGCACGCCUUACGUGCAUUCGAAUUUGGUCUAGCACAUCAUAUCACAAUGAAAGCAGGAUCAGACCCGGAACAGGCCAUACCUGAGAGUGAAUGUCCUGGUGUGAUUGGAGGCUAAAAGUCAAAUUCAAACAACAAGUGAAACCGCCAUAAGCAUGACUGAGAUGUGAACACGGUUGCGAUGCCUCUGUCAAUGUAAUGAUCAGCAAGGAUAUAUUUUUUAUUUUUGGUUUGUUUUUACAUUUUCUUCCUCAUGUUUGUGAUCCACUCGUUAUGUCCACUACUGUAUGCUAGCUAGCAACACACUAGUCGCCAACUAACAGAUACACCCUACAAGCAAUUCCAAUGAAACACAAACUGACUUAUGACUCGCCUUCUCUCCCUAUUUCCCUUUAAAAAUCUUCUCAUUGCUCGCUACUGAGAAGAUGUGUUUGCACUUCCCCAAGUUGAGGCCUCGCAUCUGCAUUUCAAUGGGCUUGGGGGAAGCCCAUGUAAUAAACUCUUCUUUAGCUAUUGGUUUCGACUUCCCGAUCGAAAGUGGGGGAAUCAUAGAAGUCACAGUCAACGUUACCUCAACCAGAGAGAGCAAGCAUGUUUUCAGGCCUCAGUUCUCAGAAGAAGAGGGGGGGGGGGCCUGGGCAUGUGGCAUAUGGACAGAGAGCUGAGACCAGAGGAGAUGGAUGAGUUACGCGAGGCCUUCAAGGAGUUUGACAAGGACAAAGACGGCUUCAUCGGCUGUAAGGACCUGGGGAACUGCAUGCGCACCAUGGGCUACAUGCCCACCGAGAUGGAGCUCAUCGAACUGAGCCAGCAGAUCAAUAUGAACCUGGGCGGUCACGUGGACUUUGAGGACUUUGUGGAGCUGAUGGGCCCCAAGCUGCUGGCUGAGACGGCCGACAUGAUCGGAGUGAAGGAGCUCAGAGACGCCUUCAGGGAGUUCGACACAAAUGGUGACGGCCAGAUAAGCACAGCAGAGCUCAGAGAAGCCAUGAAAAAACUGUUAGGUCAACAGGUCGGCCACCGAGACCUGGAGGACAUCCUUCGGGACAUCGACCUGAACGGAGACGGACACGUUGACUUUGAAGAAUUUGUGCGGAUGAUGUCCCGGUGAGUUGGAGCCUCUAUGUAAUACAUGUUUGACACAUGUAUUAUGCGUGUUACACGUAUUACAUUUAUGAAGAAGCCUCUGGAAGAAGAAACCAGAGGAGAAAACAUAUCAAUAUACCCUGGCCUGGAACCACAACACUGAAGCACAAAUAACAGAUACAAGUAUUUUCUUUGGUUACAAGACUUAGCAGUUUAAGAGACCAAAGUUGCAUACAACAUCAAUCUUAACCAGUGAAGUCAUCCCAAUUUGACCGUCUACUGCGGUACACCAGAGGAGAGCAGUCAUCCUCAUUAAUGUUACGAGCGACACAUUCAUCCAUCCCUCUAUGACUCCUUUAUGAGAAGGCUCUCUUUGGGCCUUUCUAUAUACCAAGUACCCCAACUUUGGACUGGAGUACUCGGUUUUCCGGAGUUGACAAGUUUGGAAGUCUGGAACCACAACACUGAAGCACAAAAGGUCUGGCUGCGACGGGCAAGAGUAGCACUGCUUCAUGUGACUACCUCUACUAAACUUAUGCAUCUUAAAAGACUUUCGUACGGCAGAAUGCACUUUUAUUGAGGAGGAGAUGGAUUUAUAUUGCUGUUUGUUGUCGUUAAUCUGUGUAGACGGCAAUAUGUUGGUUUGACUUGACUAGCGGAAUAGAAAUUGCCAUUAUGUUGAGACGAUGCCAGCUCACUAGCAUAACGUUAUAGCUACACAUGGGGUACGGGAAUAGCCUUCUUUUUUUUAUGUUGUUGGAAAUAUCGUGUUUUGUGCAUUUCAUGUUCAAUUUAAUAAUCUAUAUUUUAGCGACUAUCAACCCUUUGAAAAUAAAGAGCGGGGCUGUUUAAGAUAUUUAAUGUAGCACUGAUGCGCAACGUGUUAUUGUCAUUCCUACUGUGAUAUUCAUGUCAUUUUUGACAGAUCUUCUUUGUGCGUAUGAUUCCUUAAAGCCAUGUAUGUAUGUAUGUGUAUUGCUCUCUGUUUCGCUGGUUUUGUCACUGCAUGAAAGGUGAAAAGGUAUUUUUAUGUUUGUCUCUAUUGAACUGUGAUGGAUGAUGAGUAAUGUUACAUGAAACCUGAGAUAGGCAAUUAUUUGUGCGAAGGACAUAUUAUGAACAUAUUUUUGAGCAAAAAAAGAGGGUUCUGUUAAGUGUACUAUAUUUUGCUGUAAGUGUAAGCAUCUUAUGGAAAAUAGUGCUAGAAUCGCACAUACAAAGCUCCGACAUUGCCAUGUUCAUUAAUUUAUUUCUCCUUUGGAUAAUUGUUAAUAGCCAGCUUUGAGAGCAAGUAGCAAGUCUUCAGCUUCCUUUAGGCAUCUGUCCAAAAUAUAUCGUCUUUACUACUCAUGAAAUGUUAGUCUAUUGAAUUCAAUAGAAAAGGUCAGAUGUCAAGGGAACCUUUUACCAAAGGGAGAUGGUCCUCUCUGGUGAAUCUACUUUAAUUUCUUGAAACUAUGCAUGCAAGAGACAACUUCAAAUUGUGACGAUUCGAAACAAUAUGAAAAUAAAGAUUUUUAUUUGAACCAA